GUGAAGUGUGAUGUCAAUCAAUGAGCCACACCUGAGGAGUCAAAUCUGCAGCAGACGAGUGAGGACUUGCUGUCAGUGAGCAGGGAAGAGAGGUCAGAGGUCCAUCUUCACGGCUUUAAAUUGGUGUGAGACCAAAUGGCCUACAGCCAUGCUCCAGUUUGUGACUCUCCACGGUCUGAGAUGGAGCAACACCGUUUCAUAACGACUCAAGAGGAUUCCCAAGCACCAGAAACAGUUUUUGGCGCCUCAGGUGGGAUUGCUGAAGCUCUGAGAUCAGUUGCGAGAGCAGACACGUGGAGUCUUCAGCGGGUUUUUCUCCAGACUGCAUCACUCCUCAAUGCAGAGGAUCAAAACCCCAGUCUCACUCUCGCGCCAGAUUCCCCUGUUCUGCUCAGUGCACGAGAUGAGGACAAACGCUCCAUGACCGAUACUCAGGACAAAAUUCAAGAGGAAACAUUUGAAGUGAACAUAAAAUACAUCACUGGUUCAGUGCCUCUGUAUCAGGAGUACUGGCUGAAAUGUAUGAAGGCCGAGUUACAGAAGGCGCAGCAUAAAAAACUGGCAGGCAUUGUGGAAGCACGGUGUCGAUCUGCCGGGCCCUCUCCUGCUGCACCAAGCCCAACUUGUGUAUCAAGCCCGCCAGGACUGCAUGUGGCACCAUACGCCCUGUGGCAGCAGCUGCCCGAAGUAAAGAGGCAAAACUUGCUGCACACACUUACAGCCAGAGACAUUCGCCAUCAGGAGGCCAUGUUUGAACUGAUUGUGUCAGAGGCUUCAUAUCAGAAGAGUUUGCGAGUGGCAGUUGGACUGUUUCAGUCCUCGGCUCAGCUGAAGCAAACUUUAACUCCCGUGCAGAAUCAUGUCUUAUUUUCCAACUUAAAGGAAGUCUGCAGGGUCAGUGAGGGAUUUCUUCAGGAUCUGGAGACUCGACUGGGGCAGAAUGUGGUGAUGUGUAAGGUUGGAGACAUUGUACUGAAUCACAAAUCAAAGUUUCGUCGAGUCUACGUGCCCUAUGUCACCAACAUGAUGUAUCAGGAGACCCUUAUUGCAAACCUUUUAGAAGAAAACCGGAAAUUUGUGCUGGCCUUAAAGAAGCUUGAGAAGGACCCACUUUGCCAGAGACAGACACUCAAGUCCUUCCUGAUCCUUCCCUUCCAAAGGAUAACAAGAUUAAGGCUUAUUUUAGAGAAUAUCCUUAAAAGGACCGACGAACACUCCACUGACAUUCCCAACCUAAAGAGUGCAAUUGAAGCUGUACGAGAGGUAGUAGUGGAGUGUGACUGCAACGUCCAGCAAAUGAAACGGACAGAGGAACUGGUUAGCUUGGAAAAGCUUGUGGAUUUUGCCAGUGUCAAGUCAGUACCUUUGAUCGUAAGUGGCCGUUAUCUGAUUCGAGCGGGACCCUUGAAAAAGUUGAUGGUCAAGAGUAAUCAGACCUCAGGCUCCCUGGUCUCUCGCACAGACAUCUACCUGCAUCUCUUCAAUGACCUCUUGCUCCUCUCAGUCAAGAAUGGCAACAGAUUCAGCGUUCAAGAUCAUGCAGUGUUUCCUGCCAAUGUUCGUGUAGAGGAGUUAAAGACUAAGAUGUUGGGACUGCCACCUGAUGCCUUCCUGCUCCAUCUCACCCAAAACCACUUACGAGCUGCUACUGCUGUUAUACUCACUGCACAGACACGGAUGGAAAAAGAGACCUGGCUCCAACUUUUAUCUUCACAGAAUUGCACCAUGGCUAAUACAGAGACCAAGAAUGUUUAAACACUUUUAUUAAGUAUUAUAUGUAACUUUUUUGAAUCCACUUGUAUGACUAAACCUGCUAGAACGUCAGAUCAUAUAGAUUGUGAACUUUAAGUUAUACAUGAAACAUUAUUUAUAGUAAAUAAAGUUUGUAAUAAAGUCA